AUGUACAAGCCUGCCCCCCCAAGGCCAAAGAAAACGGACAUUGUCCGGUCACGCACGGGAUGUAAAAGUUGCCGCGAAAGAAAGACUAAGUGCGAUGAGCAGAAGCCAACAUGUGGGACCUGCAUCAGACUGGGAAAGGCCUGCGAGCGGCUGCAACCUGACUUCAAGUUUCGCGUGGUAAAUAGGCCGGGGUCUUCGAAAGGUGCUAUCUCAAAGAAGGCAUCACGACUUGAGUUGAAAAGACAAUCUUCUCCGGAAAAGCACGUCCCCGACGAGGCCGGUCUCAAUGACCUUGGAUUAGCACGACUUGACCUUAUCAAAUCGUUACAGCAUACGGAGAGAGAUGUCUUCUACUCCACAUAUUGGGAAGAUAUUUGCCUUCCGGCAUUACACCCGAUUUUUCAUUUAGCCUCCCACUUAGCCAGAAAUAAUCGAAUGUUAAACGAUGCUAUUCUGGCUCUGUCAGCAUGCAACCUGAGCCGUAUAAAAGCCGAGCAGAGAAAUACGCCUCGGAUGAACCAGUCUAGCCUCAGUCCAAGUCUAAUACACCAGACCAGAAGCUAUUGGUACUACUCAUCAGCCAUCCGAGCAUUCGCAUCAUUGCAAGAAGUCGACUAUCGAUAUAACGCGACGGUAGUUCUAACGGUUCUCGCUGUAUUUGCACAUCUCGAGUCCUCCAUGGGCAAUUUCGAAGGAUUCUAUUGUCAUUUCAAGGGCUUAUCAGCGUUUCUUAUGGAUCUUGAAGAGAUAGCAGGAGACCCGGUUGUGAAAAGUCUUCUCACGUCAUGGAUGCAGAUACGGUUCGUGGUCUGGUGGGCUCGUGCAUAUUUCUGCUCGUUGGAUGUACUGCGGCGGUUACCGCCGGUUCCAUUACCGAAACUGCUCGAAGGGAGCUUUGUGAACUCGCUUUACGAGAGACGGGUUGUUGUCCUGAGUAUUAUGUGCGAAUCUCAUAGACUCAACUACAAUGCGGCGUUGAAGCAUUGGAGUUCUCGAAAGGAGUCCAAUGACUGGGAAAAGCGCGGACAGUACACGAUUCAUGAUGGUAAUGAUCGAUUUAACUAUUAUAUACUGCUGGCCGAGGAAGCCAGGAAGCUGGAUGAGUGGCUCUUGCAUCUCUCACCGUCAGAGCAACCUCUAUCAAUCGAUCACAACAUUGACGACACGCCAAUCUAUUUCCAGUCACACGACGCCGCCCUCAACUAUGCAUAUUACGCACUCGCGCGAAUUAUGCAAUGCACCGAUUCUAUACGCCAUCUCAGCAACAAAAUGGACCCAUAUUCCCCCGAACGCAGUUUCGAAGAAGGACCCUGGAUCCGGCUACUUCUCCGCAUCACCAAAGGAAUGAACCUUCGUAUCUCCGCCUCCAGAAACAGCUACACAAUAGGAUUCUCAGGCCUACUCCUUGCCGCCCUCCUCCGAUGUCAAGACCUCGUUCUAAGUCUGGAAAUCCAGAACUGGCUACAGAAUCUUGAGAGUGUGCAGCCUACAGAGGAAGGCGCCUUUCCAGUCUACCAGGCUUUGGGUGUGGCUAAGGCUAUUAAUCGCCAGAAAAUGAUGGGAAGGGAUAUGUUUGGAGUCACACAGCCCGUGGACGAUCAUGGGGGAACACCCAAGGUCACUGCUUACAAUAGUCAGUCCAUAAGUACCGUGUUACUCCAUGGAAGGUGUCGGGUGUCGGGAGAACUUUUUACGGAGUGCGUCUCGAUUGAUUUGCAUGGUUAG